AUGUGUGUCCCACUCCCGGGCCUCGAAUCGUCGAAUUUGGCGCCUGCGGACAUUCGUCGUGGCGCCCAACAUCUUCUCCGCGAGAUCACCGACUUCAUCGAGCACAAAGCGGAACUCGGGCGGCCCGUCGUCAAACUUCCGCUUUUCUACGUCGCCGGUUUCAACUUUCUGAAGCAACACGCCGAGAAGACGGGAAUCCGGGACCCGGUCCUUGAUUUUUUGCCCAACGCCGUCGAAAUGGUCCUGUUCACGGAAUGCGGACCGCCGCCGCCCGGAACUCUUCCGAUCCUCGAUGCGCGGCGAAUGCUCGUUGAGCCGGCCGCCUCCGAAACAUCGCUUCUGGCCGACGUCGCCCGAUUUUUGGGCGAUAUUCUCGAGUAUUGUCGGAACGCGGUCCAAAUCAAUGGAGGACGGACGAUGCCGCCGCUUCCGUACGCGUAUCUGAUGACUCUCGUCUGGUUCCAGGAGACGUACCGCGACGAUCCGAGCACGCAAAACUUGCGAUUGGUGGCGAGCAUUCCGCGCCUGAUGCAGGAGUAUCUUCGUCGAGCACUCGGCGAUCUCGUGCCGCCCGCCUACGUCGAUAUUGCGGCGAAUGGAUCGAAGUGA